AUGUCAGGCGUCACGAACCAGCCACCGGCGGACGAAGAUAAGAAGCCUGCAGGCGAUCAAUCUGCUCACAUCAACCUCAAAGUCAAGGGCCAGGAUGGAAAUGAAGUUUUCUUUAGGAUCAAAAGAAGCACUCAAAUGAAGAAGCUUAUGAAUGCAUACUGUGAUCGACAAUCUGUGGAUCUUAACUCCAUUGCCUUCUUAUUUGAUGGACGCCGUCUUCGUGCAGAGCAGACUCCGGAUGAGCUAGAGAUGGAGGAUGGCGAUGAGAUUGAUGCCAUGCUGCACCAAACUGGUGGCUCGACUGUUUGA